AAAGCCCAACGUAUCAGCUCUUCCUCGCAAAGUUUCUUGCUCUGUACUGGGAUGUCUAGAAAGCAGACAAUCUUCCUCACUGGCGCAACAGGCUAUAUUGGUGGUUCUGUCCUUUGGUGCCUCCUUAACCACAAGGAUGCAAAGAACUUCGACUUUAAAGUGCUUACCCGUGAUCCUGCAAAAGCGAAACUCCUCGAAGAGAAGUUCGGAGUCGAAGCAGUUGUUGGGAGCAACUCAGAUCUAGAUAAGAUUGAGACACUAUCACAAGAGGCAGACUAUGUCAUUGCUACUGCGGACGUAGAUGAUCUGGGAGCCGCGAAGGCUACCCUUCGUGGGCUGAAGAAAUAUCAUGAGGAGAAUGGGAAAGUUCCGAUCUAUAUCCAUACUUCUGGGACAGGUGUUCUUGCUGACAAUGCGGCUGGGAUGUAUGCAUCUGAGAAGAUAUACGAUGAUUCCAAGGUCGAAGAUAUCGAGUCUCUCGAUCCGAAGACACAGAUGCAUCGUGAGAUCGAUAUAGAAGUGGUUUCAGCUGACAGAGCGGGAUAUGUCAGGACUUACAUCAUUCUCCCGUCUACAAUCUACGGCAUAGCGAAGAACGGAUUUACGGAAGCGGGUAUUCAGAACCCGCACUCUCAGCAAGUCCCCAUGUUAAUUCGCGCAAGUAUCGAUCGCGGACAGGGAGGAAUGGUUGGUCUGGGCAAGAAUAAAUGGCCAAACGUACACAUUGAUGGUGUUGCCGACUUGUACAUUGUUCUAUUCGAUAAGAUCCGUGCAGAUGUAAACAGUGUCCCUCACGGACGCGAAGGCUACUACUUCGGUGCUUCAGGCGAGCACGACCUGUACGAAGUUGGUAAGGCAAUCGCGCAGGCACUUGUUGAACUUGGACAAGGCAAGAGCGCUGAACCGGCAACGUUUACUAAGGAAGAAAUUGAUAAAUAUUUUGGUGGUUCACCUUACCUAGGUUCGAACUCACGUUGCGUUCCCAACCGCUCUCUCGCGCUCGGUUGGAAGCCCGUGCAUACAACAAAGGACUUACUCGCAUCGGUUAAACCAGAAAUUUUGGAGCUUAUCGCAUCAGGUAGGCACACACAGGAAGAAAACAAGAAAUUGAUUGAAGCACUCAUGGCAGCAGCGGGGAAUAUUUAGGAGAACAAGACUUUACAUGUGCUGUGCAGACUCAGCUCUGCUGUUUUAUUCUUCUUGAAAGAUAAAAUGGAAAUCUCGGUCCUAUAAUGUUUUCUUUUCCAGUGUCCAAUUCUGGCGUUCUGUCAUACACACUGAAGCCAAGAUCAACAGGUUUGAGUGGGAAUCAAUCUCUGCAGACGAAUUUGGUAGCAUUCAUCCUUUCAUCUAUACUAUCCUAUAUUGUGUCAUUAAUAUUGUCCUAUUCUAUAAUGAAUCUCG